ACGCUGACAACAAGCGGCGGCGAACGAAGAUGGCGACAUGUCGUGCGGCCAUUUUCUAAAGUGAGACAGACGUCGCGUGUUUUCCUCGAGUUUUUCGCGAAUUUCGGCGUGAAAACCCAUCGACGGCGGGCGGCGCUCGACCUGGCGGACGACAAGAUGUUCGACCCGAACACGAUCACCACGCAGCAGUCGCAGGUGCAGGUGCAGUACGGCCAGCCGCAACAGCAGCAGGCGCAGCAGGAUAGCAAAGAAGUGGUCAAGAUACAAACGCAGCAACAAACCCAGCAACAGCAACAAGACAACAAGCAGCAAACCUUCUCUGGGUUUUGCUAUACCAACGUGAACAUGAUUCACAAAAUCGAGCCGAAUACCGACACUGUAACACACAAUUCAACGGUGAACAUGUCCCAACUUGCUGAUGACAAAUGCUACAUCACACAACCAUUCAGCUACAACUAUGCACUGGUUAAUCAAAUGUCCCUGGCACAGACCAACAUCAGCAACAUCACUUUCAAGUGUGAUGUGUGUGGUUUAAUGUUUGCGCAUUUAUCACUGCUCAAUCAUCACAAGAGAAUACACCAGCAGCCACAGCAACAACAGCCGGAAGGCACCCAGCAGAUCACUGUCCAGGUCCAGCAACAACCGCAACAAAUUCAAAUUGUGUCGGCGGAUCGAAUAAGGUACAGCUGUGAUGAGUGUGGCCUCACGUUUCUCACACAGAACGACCUCAAGACGCAUCGCCUGCAAACGCAUCAGAACAACCACCAGCCGCAACAGCAACAAGUGCAAGUCACGCAUGCGCAGCAAGCGCAAAAGAUCAAAACCUGCGAGACUUGUGGUACACCAUUACCACAGGAGGGCAACAAGAAGCGCGCGGUGAUGAAAACCAAAUGCGAGACUUGUCUCAGCGCCGAAGCAAUCCAACCGCAGCAGAUUUUCGUUGUUGCUUCUGCACCGGCGGAUGCAACUGUGAAAUUCGAAGAGACUACAGCGACGCAAACACAAACAGCGAGUAAUGUUGGUAUUGGUACACAGAAUACGAUACCAAUCGGG